AUGGCACAAAAACCAAGGACGACGCCGUUGUAUGAUCAACUUGAACAUGUUGAUUUUGUAAGAUCAAGAAUGAGCUCAGUUAACGAGGCUCAGCAAGAAUUUAUUACUUACAUGAAUGAGAUUACGGACCCUUCUCUUGUGAACUG